CGGGCGGUGGUCCAGAUGGAUGAGGCCAGAGAGCAGCACAUUACCAAACUGCUGAACUCUGUCCAAAAUGAUCAGCCUGGUGCAGGGAGAGACGGCAGGGAUGCAAGAGCCUCUACGUCUGACAGCUGGCGGACAGCGCACAAAAGCAGUGGUCAUUGUUACUUUGAUGGGGAUGCGCCUGAAGAGGAUAAACUGAAGACUGAGUUCAAAUCUGAGGAAGAAGAAGAAGAAGUUUCUCCAGGCCAGAUGAAAGCAUCCCAGACAUCACAGCGUAACUUCUCUCAGGCAGUCGUUAAGGAUGAGCCUCCAGACGCAUGGGAUGACGAAGAGGAGCAGGAAAAGGAGGAGAAAGAGAAACUGAGGAGGAAUGACAAGGACCUGGAGUUCUUAUUUCAGGAAGUAGUCAGAGACAGUUCACUGGAUGACCGCUUAAAGAGAGAUCUGCAGAGCAAGAAGUCAGAUCCGAAGUACAACGAAAUGCUG